UAAACCCACCUUCUAUAAUCUUUGUAAUAUCAAACAAAGCAAAAAUCUACUUAUAACUACUAAAGUUAGUAGCUAUAUCACUCAUUAUAAGAAAUUUUAGACUCUUAGAAAUGGCUUCUAAGAAAAUUACUUCUCUUGCUCUCUUUAUUCUUGUCAACCUUCUCUUUUUCUCCCUCGUGAGUGCAUGUGGCACUUGCCCUAGUCCUAAACCAAAACCAAAGCCGAAGCCAAAACCAAGUCCUAGCCCAUCCAAAGGCAAGUGCUCAAUUGAUACUCUAAAAUUAGGUGUUUGUGCUAAUGUUUUGGGCAAUUUGCUUGGACUUGUGAUUGGUAAUCCUUCAAAAAAACCUUGUUGCACUCUCAUUCAAGGUGUUGCUGACCUUGAUGCUGCUAUUUGCCUAUGCACUGCUAUUAAAGCCAACAUUCUUGGGAUUAACCUUAAUGUCCCUCUUUCUCUAAGCCUUCUUCUUAAUGUUUGUGGAAAAAAGGUUCCAUCUGGCUUCCAGUGUGCUUGAUCUACUUACACAUAUUUUGAUUUGAGUUUUGGAUUUCAUUUCGUUGCUUUUAUAUAUAUAAUAAAACCUAGCUAUGGGUUUCUCCUUUAAGGUUAAAUUCUAGUGUGUGGAAUCCACGGGCACGGCAACUGUCCCUCCUUGUAAUGUUCUACUUUAUGUUUUCAAUAAAAUGGCAAAUGCAUGGUUUAGCAACAAAAAAAAUAAAAUUCUAGUGUGUGGUAACUUCUCGUUUCCUUUGUUGCUAUGGUUGUGUAUUUGGUGGAAUUAAGUAGCGUCAAAUAAGUUCCUCUUAGUAUUUCCUAGCACAAGGUUGUUUAGGGGCGUGCUUACGCUUGAUUAUGGACUUCUUGUACUUCAUAAUAUCGAAGUCUAUUUACUUGUUGUAAGCCUUUUUCUCCUUAUGUGAAAAAAACUGUGUAAUGAGUAUUGUCAUUCAUCA